UUUCGCUUCUCCACUUCCCUCCUCCUGUCGUUUCCCCCUCCCCCGGUCCCUCCCCCAGCCCCCGCUGGCGGGGCUCGGGCGGCUCUUUCCAGCUGGAGCGCUCUGGCUGCUGAGCCGCUGCUGCGGCUGCUCCGGAAAAUGUCCGAGCGAGGCGGCUUCUACAAGCAGGAAUUGAACAAGACGGUGUGGGAGGUUCCCCAGCGCUACCAGAACCUGACCCCGGUGGGCUCCGGAGCCUACGGCUCUGUGUGUUCAACGUAUGAUACCAAAACAAGACAGAAGGUGGCAGUAAAAAAGCUUUCAAGACCUUUUCAGUCACUUAUUCAUGCAAGAAGGACCUAUCGAGAGCUUAGGUUGCUUAAGCACAUGAAACAUGAAAAUGUUAUAGGAUUACUAGAUGUUUUUACACCAGCAACUUCAAUAGAAAAUUUUAAUGAAGUGUAUCUUGUGACAAAUUUAAUGGGUGCUGACUUGAAUAACAUUGUAAAGUGCCAGAAGCUAACAGAUGACCAUAUACAAUUUCUCAUCUACCAGUUACUUAGAGGUCUUAAGUAUAUUCACUCAGCUGGAAUCAUCCACCGGGACUUGAAACCCAGUAACCUAGCUGUAAAUGAAGACUGUGAAUUAAGGAUUUUAGACUUUGGUUUAGCCCGACAAACUGAUGAUGAAAUGACUGGAUAUGUAGCAACAAGAUGGUACAGAGCCCCAGAAAUUAUGUUAAACUGGAUGCACUAUAAUCAAACAGUUGACAUUUGGUCAGUGGGAUGCAUCAUGGCAGAGCUAUUGAAAGGCAAGGCUCUUUUUCCAGGAAAUGACUAUAUUGACCAACUAAAGAGAAUAAUGGAAGUUGUGGGAACACCCAGUUCUGAACUUCUCAAGAAAAUAUCAUCGGAACAUCUUCAUCCUAGGUUAAAAAUGUUGUGUGUACAAGUGAAGAAGUGCUGUGCAGCAUACAGAGUACGGGAGAACCAAGAGCAGCAGACCCCAGUUAAUGCGAGUCCUGCUAUAUUACCUCCAAGUUACUGGAGUAAUGCCAGGGAAGCUGGUCCAUAACUGUAUACCUUGUUUUCAGGCUGAGGAUAGCACUUACCUCCCCAUCUCCUCAAGUAAGCCCGUUCUCUACCUGCAUCCUGUUCCUUUUACUUUUCAACUUCUGCUCAGAGGACUAUGUCUACUUUUUAAUGUUGCUUGUGGCCUCCAUUCGUACUUGUCCUGAAGAGCAACAGUUGUGCAUUCCCAGCUACACUCCACUCAAAGCAGGAUCAAGACUUAAAUGGAGAAUCCAAACUUAUUUUCAGUGAUAAACAGAGGAUUUAAAAAACUGGAAAAAUGCAGGGAAUCUUUAUAUAAACUUCACCAGAUGUUUCCGAACCAGUCUCUGAGUUAGUUUGAAGAUCUGAUGUCUUAAUUUGGGAUUAGCCCAUAAUCCCACUUUCAGUAUUUGCAGAUUCUGAAUUAUUUAAAUACUCUGGGCUCCAACGGGUGGGUUUCUGUGGAGAUGACAAGGACAUGGAGGAAAGGCUGGUGAGUAAACAAGGUACAGCCAAAUUAAUAUUGGUCUCCGCUGGAGAUAGCUGGAAGACAAAACAGGCCUGAUCCCCUACAAUCACUGAUGGAUUUUUUAAAUGAGGAAUUGGGAUGUUAAUAAAUUAGCACAGAUUAGGCACAAAUAUGGUCAAAUGCACAGAUGUCUGGUGAUUUCUGUUGAGUAAUGGUUGAUUUCCAUCUUAGCCCAUAGUUUCCAUGCAAGAAAGUAUAGCUGCUAUAUAUUUUAAAACUGCACAGCAAGUUAUAUGAACAUAUGUCCCUAAAGGUCUGAUUCUCUGAGGUGCUGAGCUCUCUCACCAACUAUGGGAGGAGAACAUGCUCAGUAUCAUCUCCCAGGAGUGCACAACACCUUUCAGGGAUGUAGUCUCAUGGGAGGGGAAAUUAAUCCUGUUCUCUGUCCUUUAAACCUGUACUCUCUGUAGAUGACUGGUUUCCACUGGUAAGAGCAAUCACACUUUUAGAAAGCUGAGUUGCCAACCUCCAUAAUAAAAAGAGGAAAAAUAUUUUGAAAUAUGUUGGUAAUGGCAGCCAUAUUGGUCCAACUCCUCUUGACAACUUCCAGUAAAAUAGAAAGUAAGAAGAAAUAUAUUUCUACUUCUGGUUUCACAAGUUUUUGUAAGUUAAAGAUUAACCUUGUACUAGGAUACAUUUUGAAUGAGACAGUAGCUUGGAAUGACCUCUCAAAAUACUUUAUCUUUUGUUUUAGUGCAUAAUAAUUGAAAAGCUUAGAAAGAUUGCAGGGAAAUUAGAGAAAUAUCAGUGAUGUGUUGUCACACAGAGAGAACUGAGUUCGGAGCAGGAUUCCAUCUCUCCAGUGGCAGUAUCCUGACCCAGAGUACAUACCAGGAAGGCUCACAGUAACCUCUUAUUAGUGUGUAACCAGGAUGUGCAGGGCCAAUUGAUCCUGAAGGUCAUCAGAUCCAGAGGAAAGGAAAACACGAGUCUCAGUGCCUGCUCUCUGACCAGGAGCCAGGGAGUUGGUCAGCAUGAGCUCACCACCAGUUUGAGCAGCUCUUUGCAUAUUCUGUCCCUCUUGCUGUCUUCUGUGAGGCCCUGGAGAGUUUCUCAGUUUCCUGCAGUAACAUGUGAAGAGGGGAAAUAACCCAUGUAUAGGGAAGAGAGAUGGUCAGGGAUGAAAUCCCUGUAUUAUUAACAACCUUUCUUAAAGAAGCUACAGUUUUCUCAGAGACUCUUUUUCAUGCAUGCAGGGAUGCUCUGUCCUCUCUCCUUUGACAAUUCCAUUUUCAGAGCCCUCAUCUGCGAGGGCCUGUCUGUCUACCAUCAAGACCCCAUUUAGUCUCUUCUGUCCCAUUACCAGUAGGUCACCUGCUCAUCAGCUUGGACAUCAGGAAAGCAAUGUCUUCAAUGAUGUCAAGUCCCAGCACCUUGCCGGCAAUAUGUGGGUUGGGCAGCUGAGUAUGUGCUAUGUGGCUGACUCUAGCGUGGGGGCCCUGAGGAUUCCAGUUCAGCCCCACAGCCAAGGCAAGCUACAAAGGUCCUGAGGCUCUGCACCUUGGAGGCAUCUUAGGUCAGGAUUUGAGCCUUAGUUGAUUAAACAUUAGUAUUUGACAAUGGUGAUCUGUAUGGGAAGGGUAGGAUAGUACCUGUUUGCCGGUGGUAACUGAAAGGAGAUAUAGGCUGACUUCCUGGUUGAAAGACGUGGCAGAUAUGAUGGUUAUUUUAGGAUCUAUGGUGAUAAACCAGUUAUGCAGGUAGACGAAAACAUAAACAAGUGUUUCCAUGUGAAAUAACUUUAACUUUAAGGGGAAAAUUCCACCUUUUAAAACCCUCUUGCCUGUGGGCUUUAUAAUUAUAAGACAUAUAAAGAUGAUUGACUGUAUCUAGACACACACACAUAAUGAGUUUGUAUAGACAAUGUCUUCCAUGAGUAGGAAACAUAGCAAUUAGAGAUUUUUAUUUUCCAGAGUUGCCAUGCUUACUAUUGAGCAAAAAUGUAAUCUGUAUAUAUGCCUUGAUUUAU